AUGGUUGAUUUACACUCUUUGCCCGAGGGCACUUGGCCCGAAAACGCUAUCCGCAACAACGGCCCGGACAGCCUAGUACUCGAGCGAGCCAAGCUGCGUGAACUUGCAGAGGGAUGGCCUUGCUACCGUGAUUCAUGUGAAUGGGAGAAUUUCGAAUCGAUCUUUCACAAGGAUGCCCAUGUGUAUACUACCUGGUCCGGCCGCGUUCACUACAAGGAUUUCAUGGCCGCCUCCAAAGCGGGUAUGGACAAAGGUGCUUUCAUUAUGCACCGCUGCCAUGGAGUGACAACAGAUAUCACACCCGAUGGAACUCGUGCAGUGACCAAAAUGAAGGCGACCAUCACCCAGCGAUUCACCAUCGACGGCUGCGAGGUCGACGCCGAAGCUGAUUGUCGGUUCUGCUUUUUCUUUGAAAAGGUUGAUGGGCGCUGGGGUGCUCAGUUUGUUCGACAUUGGUAUGAGAAGGAUAAGCUUCUGCCAGUGAACCCGAACAAGAUUCCCAGAAUACACGAGGAAAAGCUCAACUCUUAUCCCGAGGGAUACAAGUGUCUAGCGUAUUGUCAGGAGCUCACCAUGGGUGUUACUGUGCUGAAGAAUAUGCCCGGACAUAGGCGACAUGUUGGAACUGUGUGCGGGGAGAAGCAUGAUCUUUUGUACAGACUAUCUAAGGACUGGCUGGAUGGAAAAAGCAUUGAUGUAUAG